CAUUUCUGCGUUGCCCUCCUGAAUCAAUAGAUGAAACCUGGUUGAUUGGCGUCGGCGUGAGGCUGAGCAUCACAAAAAUCCAGAGCCGACGCGUGGGGGUUUAAAAAGUGUAGAGGGAUUGCCCUCCAACAACAUCGACCACGAUAUCUCAUCGCAACUUGGAUGGAAAGAUCCGAGCUUGCAUUCAUUCGUUUCCUUCCUUCCUCAACCAUGGAGGCGGGUAUCGCGUCCCCUACCUUGUCAAUGCCAGGAGCAUUCUGGCCGUCACAAUCCCGUCGUCCUGUCCGGCUUUCGUUGUCAACGAACCAACCAUCAGCAAGCCCCAGACCGCUCUCAACACUUUCGACUCUGUCUACAGACUCUGCCUAUUAUAGCCCUCAGGAUGGAAGUUUCUCUCCGGUCUCCGCUUAUCCGAAUCGUCCAUUUUCUGCUAUCGAUGCUGAAAAUGACCCUCUCCAUUCCGAUUUCAUGACUCUGGAGAACUUGCGGAGAGAUGUGCGGACAAAUUUGAGGCUGCGACCACUCAGUUCGCAGCCUCGCUGUCAUACUCCAGGAACCGAUUCUGUCGAUUACACUACAGCGCCAAAUAGUCCUCUAUCUGCACCGUUUUCCCCUUCUGCAUUCAGUGCAGAACCAUCUAUUGCACCACCGCAAGUACUGCUGGAAAAUGUUACACCCAUUCGACCAUCCGACACCAACAUUCAUUUCAUGCCCAUCGAACCAUCUGAACUGGCGUCCAUGCUCGCAACCUCGGCGGAGUCUGAUACGCUCAUUAUUGACACACGUUUACCUCUAAAUCAUUCGUUGCUGCGUAUCCGCGGCAGUAUCAACCUUGCCAUUCCGACCCUGAUGCUUAAGCGUUUCCGCAAAGCCGGCAGCCUGUCUUCUUUAGAUAUUCUCAACCCUUACAUCGGCGAAUCGUCGAGGAAAAAUUGGGACACAAAGGUAGCUGUUCGGGGCAAGGUGCGGUGGCCUGGGGAUAUUAUCAUCAUUGAUGAGGAAAUGAAUAGCGUGGAUGCGCACGCUGCACGUUAUGGUGCUGCUAACGUCGGACAAAAUGCCCCGCCAAAUGCGGCAUCGACGUUGCUGUGCACCCUUCACCCACUGUGUAGAGGCCGUGUACUUUUCGUCCAAGUUCCAAUGAUGUUGGUGCCGCUGACGAUAGUCCCCAUGUAUCGGUACUUUUGUCAUACGUCAGUGACGAGCCCGCUACACUUCAGACCGUUGUAUCUUCCUCUCAUGCUAUUCCCGAGUCAUCUGCGUCAACACCAAGAAAGGAAGUGCAUAAAAGGCCCUCAGGCUUGUUUAGUAUUAAGACAGAGGCCGGUAACACUUCUCGCAAAUCAUUGCCACAUCUCGAACCCGGACCUUCUUCAUCAGCCUCGACCUCAACCUCGUCGUCGUCACCCUCACAACCAUCCUCUGCCGCAUCCUCCUUUGAAGUCCUUUCUUGGGCACCAUCUCCAUCCCCCUCCUGUGCAACCUUUUCUCGACCCCACAGUUCAUCGUUCUCAAACCGUAGUCGACGACCAACGCUCGGCAUAGAUACGGCCUCUGCCGAACAUCUUCGUUCGAAUUUCGCUGCACCACCGAAGCUUCAACUCCGCACCGCGCCUUCAAAAUCCGCCACGCUU